AUGGACAGACAGUGGAUACAUAAUCAUAAUAGAUGUGAUGUUGAGUACUUGGAUGGAAUAGAUAAGUUCACUGAAUUCGUAACUAGACACAACCCAGGUUCAACUCAUAUCCGAUGUCCAUGUAGAAGGUGUAACAAUUCAAUGUGGGAGACAUUCGAAAAUGUUCGAUUUCAUUUAGUAAGAAAUGGGAUGAUGAAGGCUUAUACUACUUGGUAUCAUCAUGGAGAACGAUUAGACCAAGCUUCAUCUUCAUACGUGACACAAGUGGAGACUGUUGAAUCUAAUGUGUAUCCUAGUGAACAAGUUAUGAAUAUCGUAAAUGACGUUUAUCCAUACACCUCGAGCAACACCAAUCAGGAAGGGGGAGAUGACGGUCGUCUAACCAUAGACAAUGAGGAAUUUAAAAACUAUGAAAAACUAUUGAAAAAUGUUAAGCAAGAAUUAUAUCCGGGUUGCGAGAACUUUUCGGUGCUCUCAGCAAUUGUGGAGUUUAUGCAUGGAAAGAUCAAGUUUCAUUUGUCAAACAAGUGUUUUGAUUACUUUUUGGGAGUUAUCAAGAGGAUGCUUCCAAAGGAGAAUUGUUUACCUGAAGAUAAAAAAAGUGCCCAAAAAGUGUUGAAGGGUCUCGGAUUGGGGUAUGAAAAAAUUCACGCAUGUAAAGACCAAGAUUCCACAAAAGUAAUGCGUUAUCUUCCAUUGAAGCCUAUGUUGCAACGAUUGUACAUGUCGAUGCAUAUGGCAACCGACAUGAGAUGGCAUAAAGAAGGACGGGUAAAUGACGAUGUUAUGAGGCAUCCUGCAGAUGGAGAGGCAUGGAAAGAAUUUGAUCGGAUGUACCCAGAUUUUGCAGCUGACCCACGCAACGUCAGAUUGGGACUUGACACCGACGAAUUUAAUCCGUUUGGGGAAAAAGAUGUUCGUACAUACGAUAAGUAUACUGGGCAGAUGUUCACCAUGCGAGCGGCAGUGAUGUGGAUAGUAAACAAUUUUCCUGCGUAUGCAAUGGUUUCUGGGUGGAUGACUAAGGGUUAUUUGGCAAGUCCAAUAUGCAAGGAGAACAUAACAUCGUCUUGGCAUGCGAGAAAAGUUUGUUAUCUUGGUCAUUGUAGAUGGCUUCCUUGGGACAACGAGUGGCGUCAAAAUGAUAAAGCCUUCCACGGCACAAAAGAGACUCGACUAAGACCAAUAGAAUGGUCCGGAGAUGAGAUUUUGGAUCAGUUAAAUCGUUUGGAAUUUGGUCAUUUCGGCAAAGGGGUCAGUACGCCUAGACCAACUACACAUCUGAACUGGAUGCACAAGACUAUGUUAUUUGAGCUCCCAUACUGGUCAAAGUUAAAACUGAGGCACAACUUAGAUGUUAUGCAUAUUGAGAAAAAUGUGUUUGAUACUUUGGUCGGGACAAUUCUAGACACUGAAGGAAAAACGAAGGACGCGAUUGAAGCUCAUCUUGAUUUGGAACGAAUGGGCAUUAGGUCAUCCUUAUGGAUGUAG